UCUUCAAGAAGCCAUGACAACAACAACUACAAGCAUACCAGCAACAACCACAAGAACAACAAUGGCAACAACUAUAAGAACAACAGCAGCAACAACUGCAAGCACACCAGCAGCAACAACCACAAGCAUACCAGCAGUAAUAACCGCAAGCAUACUAGCAGUAACAACUGCAAGCAUACCAGCAGCAACAACCGCAAGAAUACCAGCCGCAACAACAGCAAGAAUACCAGCAGCAACAAUAGCAAGUAUAUUAGCUGAAGCAACUACAGGCCUAUCAACAACAAGACCAAAAACAUCUACAGUAAGGACCGGUAAAUUAAUACCAGUAGAUGUAGAAGAAGAAGAUCCACAAGUAUAUCAUGUAGAUGAUGAUGAAAGUGAAAGUGAGAGUGAGGGUGAAGGUGAAGGUGAAGGUGAAGAUGAAGAUGAAGGUGAAAGUAAAAGUGAAGAUGAAG